CCCCGCCUCCUUUCUUUCUCUGCCUUCUUUCUUUCUCUGCUCCUCAUUCCCUCACGCACCCACAAUCCCUCCCCCGAAACGCUUGCUGCCGCCACCUACGCCUCUUGUUCCGGCGUGCUCCGGCGGGCCUCGCCGGUGUGCAGCCCAGAUCCGAGCUCCCCUGCCUCCGCUCUUCCCUCCCCUCCGGCCAGAUCCGCCUCUUGCAUCCCCGGUAGCUCAUCCCCAACCCCUUCCCAUGGCUAGGAUUUCGAGGGUGGCGUUCCCACCAAUUCCGGCGCGGCGGCGGUGACAGUGCUCCGCCCUCUUCGACGCCCACCAAUCUAGCCGCACGGCACGGCCAUGGCCAUGGCGGCGGCCAGAUCCACCCCCUCCCUCAUCUCCUCGCUGCCGCCACCUCCUCCUCAUCCUGCAGCGGCGCGUCCCGCCACCACCUCCUUCCUCGAGCGUCCCGCAGCGACGCCCAUCGCGUCUCGGAGCUGGACGACGGCGCGGUGGAGAGGGAGCCGGCGGCAGCGUCGCGUGAUGGCAGGUGCGUCGAGCGGGAUCGGCGCGGAGACGGCGCGUGGUGCCCACGUCGUCAUGGCCGUCCGCAACCUCGCCGCUGCAGAGGCCGUUCGCCAGGCCGUCCUCGCCGAGACCCCCGACGCGAGCGUGGAAGUAAUGGAGCUGGACCUCUCCUCGUUGGCAUUUGUCCGCAAGUUCGCGCCGACUUCGCCGCCAGUGGCCUCUCGCUCAACAUCCUCAUUCAGGGGUUGUCAAGACGAGGUUCAGGUUCAGGCCCAUCGCGAUUUCUUGGGACCAUUCAUUCAGCUUCAGGUUCAGGUGAAGUGCGAAUCCAUGUCCGAAGCUGUGAAGCAUAUCAGCAAAGAGUAGCAUAUUAUGUGUUGUAGUUGUAGGCAGUAGUAGGCACAUCUGGGUUGUAAUAUACUGUAACGAUUGUAAUAGAUUAAUGCAGUAUUGUUUUGGAACAAUUUCAUUUGCUCUCUGGUCUAUUCAAAACAAUGAUUGUGUAUGUGCUUUGAAUACCCGUGAAAUGGAAACCUGACAAGUUAUAAUGGUUGUUUGACA